AUGCCCACAAAAAUGACCAAAGAACUUGCUUCACAUAUCCAAUCAACUCAAGCCCAGGGCGGUAAAGACAUGUCCUCUUCAGGAUUUGCGGCGCGCGCCCAAGGAGCUGGCGAUCGUAAUGCAAACACUGGUGGAGCCGCAGUAGGCCAGGGUACUGGUGGUGGAAAUGCCGGUCAAACUGGAACAGACAAGAAGUAGGACAGGGCGAGAUUAAAACCCAAAAUCUUCUUGGUCCAAAAGGCAAAUCAAAAGUUUGUUUGAUGUCCCGAUUAUUCUGUUUGUUGGCAGCGUUGUGGAAUCGGAUUAUGAACUUUGGAGGAGACAAUGAGAAUGGGUAAUUUGGAUAGGUGAUUGAACGAUUUUGGAUCGGAGAUCCUAGCCAUUCGUUUUGAGAUAGCAAUGCAACGCGAUCAUUGCUAAAUUUUUUGCCUUCAUUUGGCUGCGUGAAAAGUGAUCAAAUGUCUUCAAUACUACUGUUGUCUGAACAUCCAAAUGGUUUCUUAAUUUUGGAAAUGCAUACUCCACCAGCUU